AUGAUUUUCACCAAAGUCUUCACUCUGGCCAUCUUGGCCGCCAUUCCGGCCUAUACUGUCCCCGUCUCAUCAGUACCUCCAAAUGCUUUGAACGUCAAGCUCAACGACAAAAUGUCUAAGGAUAUGGACAACCCCCCAGACAAGGACAACGACAUGUACUCCGCCUUGCAGGCCCGCGCUGAUGAAGAAGCCGACAUCAACGCACACGAGUUUCAGCCACCUAAGGCUAAUGCCGCUGAAAUGGUGUCUCGUGAUAUCGGGACUUCGGACCUCGCAGAAACGGAUAAAGAGGUCUCCAAGAGAUCCAACGAACCAAGAGGCUUCAAUCAUCAUCACGGUGGCCGCGGAAAGUGGGUUAAUCAUCACCGUGGUGUCCACAAGGCGGCUAUUCAUCGUGGUGCAUGCUUAGGAGGCGUGCACCGCAAUAGACGUGGCAAGCAUCAUGGCGCCGGUUACUACAAGAAAUUGAACAGAAUCUCAGGCCACACCCGCAAUUGGGACCAUGGCGCACGUAGAGCGUACCAUCACCAUUAAGCAGAUUUUUCGUCUUGCUUGGAUGAUUAAACAUCAAGUUCUUUUCUGGGUGACAAGAGAUU